CAGAGAGGCAAUAAUAUUCCUGACGAAAUUAAAUAGAAAAAGAGGAAAGAAAAUAAUGGAGAGAUGGAGAGUAACGAGAGGAGGUGUCAGAUCGGUAUCAGGAAGCAGCAGCAGCAGCAGCACCAUCAUCAUGCUCAGAGACAAAGAUACAGAUCACGCUGCAACUGCAACCGCAAAUGUUGAUCAACAACCGCGAUACUACUACAACGACAACACCAUUAAGCAGCAGCAGCUUCAUGUAGACGUGGAUCGAUAUUCGAGUACUACUAGUAUCAGUGUUACUGCUGAUCAAGAAAUCAGCAUUUUUGACGCCCACAAAUACUUCAACCAACUAAGCAUCAACAACCACAUUGAUGGCCAAAGCCAUAAGGUGCAGGUUUCUGAUGGGCUGUCUGGCGUUUCGAGAUUCUCUUGGGCUGCUGGCUCUCCCUCAGUAUCUUCAGUUGAUGAUGCUGCUAUUAACUACCCUCUGCGUCUCCGAGCUCGUUCUUUCCAUGUCGUUUCUGCCAGUGCCACCCCAACUGCUUCCUCCGAAGCCAGUUGGAACAGCCAGACUGGCCUCCUAUCCAAUCCUCGCUGCACUACCACCGCCACCAAUAGUAAUGUCGCAUUCAUGGUGCCUUUGCGCAGCCGGACUAGUACAAAUCAUCCUCCUCGUCCUCAUCACGAUGACCAUCAGAUUACUAAUAAGAAGAAAUUAAGAGGAUGGUCCAAGACAAUGUCAUUGAGUCCAAGAUGGCUUACUGCUUUUCCGAGGAGGUCAGCGAGAUGCCCCUGCUCGGGCAAGAAAUCAGUACAAGUUGUUGCUCAGGAAAAGAAAUCAAGCAUGUCAUCAUCAUCAUCAAUAGUCAGAGUUGGAGGCGGAGAUAUUUAUAACAUGCCGGCCCAAUUAAUUCUCACCAAGGAUGAGAUACCACCAGCUGCUCCAACUACUAGUGUUAUUACAGCUGCCAAUUUGAACAACUCUUCGAUUGCAAGGCCUCGUGACGACAAUCGCCAUGUGCUCUGGGGUGAUGAACGUCGUCGGAAUUGGGAACGCCAAGUCAGCAAUACAACCAUCAAUGUGCAACCAGCCGCAAACUCUACCACUACUACGACUAGCUGUAUUAGUACUGCUGCUUCUGGUGGCGGAUUUAGCUUUCCGAUACUAAAAUUCAAUGGGGACGGGGGAACUUCCUUGCCAUCGGCAACAACUUCAAUCCGGAACCCAUCAAACAGUACUACUGAUCAUGUUCAAUGCGGCCGACUAAUUGGUGAUGUUAAUAAUAAAGAUGAGGAUGUGGGAAGCGAUGCAAGCUCUGACUUGUUCGAAAUCGAAAGCUUCUCAACCAGUACUACUCAAACGCUGCAAGCAACUAAUGCCGAUAUGCCCACCUACCCUCCACCAUCGUCAUCCAUGUUUGAAAAUUACUACCGCACUCGCCGGGAUUCUUUUUCAUUGGUUGAGGAUGCAAUUAGCUUCACUGCUGCUCGACGUUUGAGUGCUAAUAACAAUUCCCAUCGAACAAGCUUAGAUCGUCGUCAACAUGACCCGCCUAUGGCAUCGUUAUCGACCGAUCAAUACUGUUACGAACCAAGUGAGGCCAGCAUCGACUGGAGCGUCACUACGGCAGAGGGCUUUGAUCGAUCCGACCAAUACGAUCACGACCACCAUGAUCACCAUGAUGAUGCUGACUUGGGAACUAAGGUAAUGACGAGCAGCAAACGACGGCCGCCUUCACUGGGAAGUAAUAACAAUAAUAUGGGGUUGUUGAGCUGUCGGCGGGACAAGGCCGUCAGUGUGGGGCCCAACCCAGUGAGACUAAUGGCCAUGCCUGCUGCUCCUGCUGAUCAUGACUACUGUCAGAGUCGACAUAGGGGUGUAGGAGUGGAACCUACAAGUCUAUCAGUGUGUUCAAACAACUCCAGAGGUACGAUGCAUGUGGGAAGUAGGUCCGCAGCCUUAGCUAGACAAUAAGAAGGCACAGCAUGGAGUUGCAGCAGCUCGAUCGGUUGUCUUUUCCUUUUCAACCGCCAUCUUAGAAGGAUUUACAUGAAACGGGUUCACCGUCAUCAUCGUAGCUCGGAUAUUACAUGCGUUGCAUGCAUAAAGAUAACGCACGCCAUCUAUAUGGAUCCACUCCUCCAAUCCAAAGUUCCUAAAGCCAGCCAGCAUCUCUCUCGUCUGUAUUCUUUUCUUCACGUUAUUCACUUUUCCUUUGUUUAAUUCGAGAGAAAGUCUUUCUUUUUUUUGUCUUGUGGUUGUGGGUGCAUGUGUGUUUUUCCUGGAUGCCAUAAUAAUUCAUUCUUUUUGUUUUUGUGUAAGUAGCUCUUCUUCUUGGUUUUUUUAUGCAAGUAAUGUUAUAUUACUACUCUAGAGAGGGAGUAGGAUUUGGACC